AUGGCGGACGUUUCGGCUGGUUGCGACAAUCCGGCCUCGAGUGUGGACUGGCCAUGGCUGGGGAAGGAGUUGGCAUCCUGGAGCCGGGGGCCUGCGGCGGACUCGCCCAUGCGAUGGAUGACCCUUUGUGUGGCAGCCAACUGGAUCGCGCGAACCCCGCAGGUCUGGGAAGGUUGCAUCAUCGGGAUCGCUUCUGCUGUGCUGCACUCGUCCUUUUGUGCCGAGCCCGGUCCGGAUCGAUCUUACCUUUUCCGGCAUGCCAUCGAGGGUGUCUCUUUGGAGGGAUGGGCAGGAAUGGUCCUUGAAACUGACUGGCCUUUCUUCUCGCUGAUCGAGAGCCAUGCGCGGCUAAUGAAAGCAGGGUCGUGGACUGGACAGGAAGGGUUGUUCACCAACCAGGAGCUCCCAGCAUGCGGAGACCGGGGCGAAGAUCGCGCUGGUCGCCAGCAAACCGUGUUUCGAGCAGCGACGCAAAUGGCUGAGCAAGGCCAUUUCCUGCUGGACGGGCCUGAGGUUGUCAAUGGCCUAAACGAGGCCUGCGGCCAGCCCCUGCAGCAUGAUUUCUCCAGUGCCACGGCAUGCCUUCUGAAGGCUGCGGUUUCGCCAUCUCUGGCUCGAUCUGCGCUGGUGUCAGCGGCAGAGGAGGCGGUCAUGGGCUGCCUUGCAGGGAAGGCGCUGCUUCCGGCUUUGCUGCAGACACCGUGGCCGCUUGUCACCCUGCUCACGAUGCUGCAGCAGAAGUCAGCAGCGGCUCAAAGCCAGCCAGCUGCUGAGAACCGUGGGCUAACCUGGAUGCCAACCGACGCUCCAGGCGACUUCGCCACGGUCUGGGAGCAGAAGACUGAUGCGCACUACCCAUGGGUGCAGUUUGUGGCACGUGCACUGGGGACAGAGCAGCUGGUGCUGCCCUUGCCCUGGCCGCCCAACACCAGCUUCCAGGUGUUGAAGAACGAGGCGCUGAUGUUAUUAGAGCGCUUCGCUGUCACGAACUACCCGGGCCCCUCAAAUGACCGCGAGACGUGGAAGACGCUCUGUCUGGUCUGCAAAGACGGAUCACAAGACCCAACCACGGAGAAUGCGACAUACUUUGCCCCAACCGAAGCGCUUCGAGAAGCCCCAGAGCUCCAGAAGUUUGUCGCGCUGUUCGGAAAGACGGGUCGGGUGCGACUGAGCCUCCUCCUGCCAGGUGGAAUGAUCGGCUGGCAUCCGGAUGACGGAGUGCUGGAAAACGGCCGCUUGAUUCUUCAUGUGCCGAUCAUGACUAGUCGGGGAGCUUUGACCAGAGUCGGCCAUCUCCUUCUCAACGUUCCUGAAGGUGUGAUCCACUGGUGCGACUACUCGCUACCGCACAGUGUCUACAACGCAGACGACGAGGUUCGUGUGCACUUGAUCAUUGACGUUGUGGCGAGGGAUAAUGAGGACUUCCUACGGAAUUUCCUCGAUCCCAUGGAGCCGUCGCUACGAGAAGCAUUGCUGGAGAAUGCUAUGCCAGGGCUUCCUACAGACCCCGAGGUGUCGCCGUAUUCUGCCGGUCCAGCGGGCACUGCGUUUGCCAGGCCCCUCGCACGACAGAUGUCGAAGACGUUCGCUCUAUUGAUUGGAGAAGCAUUGCCGCUGCUGGAGCGAUCCAUUUGGCGGCAGGUUGAUGUCAGUGUGAAGCUGGCUAUCGGAUGCAAGCUGGGCAGGCGUUGGCAGGUGGAGCUGCUGCUGAGAGGAGCAGAGAGCGUGCCUCCACACGCAAAGAGUGCCGGGCAACUGCCGUUUCUGCCCAUCGUGUCGCCGAAGGGUGCACCAGGAGAACAUGCGCCAGGCCAUUGCAAGGCCAUCCAUGUCGAAGACUCUUCCAUGGGCUUGCAGAAGCUGCGAUCGUUGGAGACGAUUUCCGGGGAGUCGUCGCAAGAGCCGCCGAUCCCCUCGUCCAAUGCCCACGUUAGAGACGGUCGAGAUGCCGCUCGACGUCCCACACCUGUAGCACAGCCGCAGAGGCCCCGCAGCUCCUCAGCUAACCGCACUCCAGUAGUUCGAAUUACGGCCUCCAGUUCGACAGAACGGCUACGUGGGCACACGAAGUGUUCACAAGCCCGCGCCGAGAGCGGCGGCUGGCGCUUGCGGAGCUAA